AAACAAAAUGUUGUACGGGUAUUAUGUGUGCAUGUCAUAUUUCAAUGUGGAAAAUAAAUGGGCUUGCAGAGAAAAUGGGUGGGCGAAUAUUUUCGGGUGGCCGUUUUAACUAAUGUGACCUAUACGCAGACUCACAUAUGCUGAAAAAAUAUACUUAAAUAUUUGAGAUACCUCAAAAGUGAAAGAACCAGGAGUACUUCUAAGAAGUUCUCUGCCGAAGGUGUGGCAAUCUCCAGCUGCACAGAAAUUCAACAAUGAAUCAACCUUUUGCAUUAUGGUGUUGCUUGCUGUGCUGGUUUGCAUAAGCAGCAUUAUGAACCAAGAAAAUGGCAUUGCUUUUGGAUCACCUUUGCUGUCUGAGCUUCAUGGUGAGCUGCACAAGUGCGAAGAGGUGGGUCGGCUCCGGUGGCUCAUGCGCCCCUGGCGGGUUGACCAUGAACAACAGAUGCGGCCUGGCGGCAGGCGGCACCACAGCAGGACUGGCCGCACCAGGUCGUCGGAGGCGAGGUCCAGUCUGCUGAAGCCCGGCGCGGGAGCCGAGACGGUGGACGACGACGUCAUCUUCCUGUCGCAGACGGUGCGGCACUGCUCUUCGAGUGGCGACGAGGUUGUCAUCAUCUCGCCGACGGACUUCUGUGUACCGAAGAAAGAGCUCGGUGCGGCCCGUGCGGCCGAGGCGGCCAUCGGCGAAGAGGACGUCCCCGACGUGCCCCGGCCGCUCACGGGGAAGUGGCCGGCCGCCGGCCUCGACACGCCCAAGCAGCCGCACGCCGCCUGGCGCCUGAAGCGAGCCUCCUGCCGUCUAGCGCCGGUGCGCCGCGCCGUCGCCGCUUCCGAGACCGACACCAUGCAGCCGGUGGUCGUGGAGGCAGAUGGUCUGACCGUGUGCCAGCGGUUGGAGGCGGCCGCCAACCGACACCAGCUCGUCCGGUCCCGUGGCGGCAACUACGAAGUGCCGUGUCCACGGCCCGGCUGCCCGUCCCGUGUACGCGAGGAGCACCAGCGGCGUGCGCGGGCAUGGUACGAGUUGCCGCGAGUCGCCGUACCCACUCACUUCAUCGUGGCUGACCCGGAUAGCAGCAGCGGCCUGGAUCGCGGUCUGCCCGGCCUCUUCUGCGCGCUGUGCGACGCCUGCGCCGCCAUCCAGGUGGGCCAGCGCUGGACCACGCUGGAGCCGCUGCUGCGCGCGCCCGACGGUCGCGAUGGCUGGCGUCCGGUGCGCACGCCGUCCGACCGCACCGCGCUCUACCUGCUCAGCCAGUACGUGUACGGCGAGCGCGAGCGGUCGGAUGCUGCUGGCGAGCCGCCCAUCAUGCCCACGCCGCUCGAGGACUCGGCGCUGCUGCUCUGGAGCCGCUCCGAAGCCGUUGGCUUCGUCACGCUCAAGCGGCGUGGUCAGCUGAUCGACGGCGGGCCCGAGGCGUUCGCCAUGGACGUGGUGGACAUGGUGGCGGUGCGGCGCGCUUGUCGGCGCCGCGGCCACGUCACGCGCCUGUUGGAUAUGCUGCUGGUCGACCGGCCGGGUACGCGGCUCGGCCUCACGAAGCCGUCGCCGGCCAUGUGGCGGCUGCUGCUGCGAUACCUGACGGCGAGGCCGGCGCUGCGGCCGCGCGUCUGGCUCGUCCAGUGGGCCGGCCACGAGGGCUUCCGCACCAACGUCUGGCAGGAGCUGCUGCGCCGCAGUCGGCACGACCCCGAGUCGUCGUCGGCGGUGGCGGCGUCGUCCGACGGCGAAUAGUGAGCGCCGGCGAAGAGCAGAAGAUCUGAGGCUUGCCGCGGGGGCCGACAUGUUGUCCAUCCGCUCGGGUGGGAUCAGUGCUGAAUCCGUCUGAAGCAAUUGUCACUCAGCGAUCUAGAGAUAUGUCGUCGUCAUACGCGUGACGAGCUGUAGGUUUACUUCCCGGCGGGGCCGCCCGGCGGUGCGGCCCACCGUGUCGUCCCAAGUUACCCAUGUCGUCGCCAUUGUCGUGUGCUGCUGGCGAGUCCCUCUCGCCGCUGUAUUCCGGGAGAGAAGAUCACGAGCUUUCGGUUCGCUCAUGUGUGCGAGGUGUUAAUGUCCGGCACCGAUUGGGUCGCGCGAGCCGGCGCCCGUCGCCACUCGCGGCGGCAUCCCGGCCGCGCGGAGCCCCUCUGGCUGUAUUUCUGCCACCCUUGUGGCGGGUGUAACUGUGGCUGUGUCGCUGGAAAGCAUCCUGUGCAGGCCCCCGCCUCCCUGUGCCGGCUGACCGGGCGGGCAGCGGCCCUCGCUGCCAGCAGCGCCGGUGCUGAUGCCGACAGGGAGGGCCGCGCUCGUUUUGUGCCUGGUCGUGCCGCUGUGCGGCUGUGCGGAUGAUUCGUUUCGGGCACAGUGUUCGGGCCGUUCGUUUCCAGGAAGGAAACCGUGACACCGCCUUUACCACGGUGCAUGUAUGGUCUUUACUUAAGCGUUUUAUCUCUACAGACGUGAUGAGACAUGUACGGUGUACAUAUUGAGUCAUGCCGGGUUUUGUAGCGAAAGAGGUGGCUGUGUUUUCUCGUAUGUGAAUGAUAUCGUCUCAGCAUCAGUACAAUACAGAAUCGUA